UCGACUUUCAGUCAGAUGAUCUCUCUGGUGGACGGAGGACGGCUGGUUCAGCUAUGUAAUAUUACCGUGGUUGCGUGACGUUUGACAUCUCGAGCAUCCACAGUUUGCACGUGAUCGUGUUUGUGGCGCCAUGGCGGCGUGAUUUCACCAACGCGGCAUUAGUGUUGGGCGCCGCCUUGCAAUUAGGCUGUCGGGAUGCUUUUGCAGCUGGCGAUGGGUGGGCUUGUACUCCAUGUAUGUCCGCCGUGUGUCGCGCCGAGGAGCUACUUCUGUGUCGCUGCAGAAGGCGGUGUUGACUCCUCAUUGUUUCUCGGCAGUCAUGCGUGCGAGGUUCGGCUCCGAGGACUACACUCACCUUUAUGGUCGUAAAAAGCUCCACUCCACUGGCACCAACUUGUGACUUCUUCCGCCGCGACCUUGGUCCAGUACGACAACUCCAGGAACGCCGGCAGCGUCGGGGCGCGAAACGCGCUACUUUUAUUUGGUUCCACAGGAGUUUCACAAAUUUAACUAAGAGAAGGAAGUGAUUUGUGUGGUACAAGUAACCAGCCCGGACGCAACACGGCGUGACUAUGACAGUGCUGGUGAUGGAUACAAAGUGUUGUUGUACGUAAGUGAAGUUAAAUAAUUACCCAUGUCUGCCACGCCGCCUGUGCGCCGCCGCGUCCAUCCGGCGGUGACGAUCAGGAGGGCACAGAGUGAACGUCGCUACUUAAACCCAUGGCAGGUGUCAUGGCCUCCACCACCCCUACACCCUCCACUGCUGCAACCACGACGCUGUGCGCGGCUCCACUUGGACCUGGGUUGACCACCACCACCACGCUCCACGCACCGCCUUCAUUCCUCCCGUCAGUGCCCAUCAGCCACGCAUGAUCGGCCACCCACAAGCCGUCUUUACAGAGACAGGGUCAGUCAGGUACCAGCCAUCCCUGCCAUGCGCCCAGUUGCCGCCCAUAGCACUCGGCGCCCCUCCCAUGCUGCCGCCCAUGACUCUAGAGGGAAAGGCUGGCACAAGACAGGCUGACAGCUUUCCUCGCGGGGGGGAAACUCUACCACAUCGGCCACGCUCCAUACUCUCGUGUCCCGAGUCACCGCUGUACGAGUCACUGUUGUCGUGCUUCACUGAACCUGAGGACACAGUCACCCUACCGGAGAUAGACGCUGAGCACGAAUAUCAGCAAAUCGAGGUGGUAGAUGGAGCUCCCCGGGGCCAGAACAGCGGAAGCGGGAAGGCGACGACCCAAGAAAACGAAUCUCCUGAAAGAGGUUCCAGUGGCCAGAACUCGCCUGAUGGCCGCCCGGAAUCACAUCGCCACCCACACAAGACUCCUCUCACUAAACUAAAUACUCUUGAUGUGAGGCCGGAGAGACACGGUAAAGAAAAUGAAGUAGCUCAAGAGAGUAAAUACGGUUGUUCCUCCAGGAAGGAUGUUUUGGACACGUCUCCUUUGGCGAAGACAAGGAAACACUCCACACAGUCCAUAUCAUCCCAAGAAAGCCAAAAGAGUGCCAAUUACACACUAAGCUCUUUGUCAGGAGAUAAUACGUCAGUUAUUUCUGACUCAGAUACUUAUCAGGAACUUAGUCAACCUUCUACCGUCAUUUAUGUAUCAAGCGGUAAGAGGAAUCUUGUAACCAGUGAAGGCUCACAUGGUUCCGAAAGCAGUGGCAUCAAGUCAAGCUCGAGGCACAACGGAAACAUUCGGAGAAGCAAAAGUCAACACCACGGCAACACACAAAGCAGCCAUGCAUCAUCUUCAAGCUCCUCAAACGUCAGCUAUAAAACGGCUCAUCUAUCACGAUCCAGCAGUGCUGACGCCAUGAGUCAUGAUGAGGUGGUGGGGCGAGGCAAGCCACCAGCAACCUUCCCUCCUUUGACCAUCGAGCUGCCAGAGACCAAACCAACAAGCUGGAGGUACGGGGAGCAGGUCCCCGUCAAGAAAGCCACACAGGCCCGUCCCAACGACUCUCCCUAUAUCAUCACAACUCUGGACCCGCCCAUCAAGCGAUCUCCUCACAAGCAUCACAACACAAUCGCUUCCCCAGAGCCUCGCCCCACUGACAUACCACCUUUAGUGGUGAACUUUGAUUCUGAGGACUCAGUAAGUGAGGAUGACACCGUUUAUGAGUUCCAUGACGCUUACUGGAGCAGUGUAGAUGGCAACACCUCCAUGUACAUGGCGGACAGUGAUACAAGCUCUUUGUAUUCCUCUAUCGGGGAGAUCUACUCAAUGUUCGUCACGGAGCCCGACGCGCUGGUGUACGUGUAUCGACCGCCGCCACGCCCUCGGGAUCACGGCCACCACCGAACCUCCACCCUCAGCUACAGAUUCCCAGCCUAUGCAAUUACCAGGGACAUCGGAAGCAGCGGCGGCAGCACCGAGUCCGAAUCGUCCUGGGGCGGCACCGUGUCCUUCGUGGAGCCUUCCUACCGUCACUCGAACCUCUCUGUGGGGUCAAGGGGUCACCUGAAAUUUGAUUAUUCGUGUUCGUGGAAUCGUUUGGAUGACUUCGUAAGAACCACCAGUCCCAAGGAUGAAUGUUCGCACGACUACAGGCAGCAUUACAGGUGCCCAAGAGACUGUGCACCCGACUAUAUGACGUCUCCUGCAGCUUUAUCCUCGCCCUGGGAGAGAUUCACCGAUACAGCGGCGGGUUAGCUUGCCGUUGGUUAGGCUACAUUUCUUCUUUCCACGCCUUCAUGUCGGAUGGAGAGGAUCGAGAAGUUAGGGAGUCAGCUUAACUGUAAUAUGAUUUGAUAGAUGUUUGUAUUAUAGAAUGAAUAAACAAGACAUCCAGCAGAGGGUGAGGCCCAAGGUAACGAGAAUCCCCAUCUCUGAUGAAUAAAAUGAGCGGGAAAUUCGUCACUAUGGACCCAAAGACAGCUUGGCCUUCUGUUGUUCCUGAGAUCGCACGGCCUUGAGAGCAGGUAUUAUAGAGAGAUGGAGAGAAGAGUGAAGCUGGCUGGCGGUGUGGAAUGAAAACAAAUUGACCCGAUUCUUC